GAGGGUGUUUUCGGAACUGUAAUGCUUGUGCUUCGGUAUAAAAUCCUCCAAACCCUAAUGUCACUCCUCACUCUGCACUUGCUUUACCCAUCGCUCAAUCUCUGCAUUGCGGCCGAGGGUUUCGAGCAUCGUUUUUCUCUGAGUUUAAGAUAUCAUGGGUAAAGAGAAGGUUCACAUCAACAUUGUGGUCAUUGGUCAUGUCGACUCUGGGAAGUCAACUACCACUGGCCAUUUGAUUUACAAGCUUGGUGGUAUCGACAAGCGUGUUAUUGAGAGGUUUGAGAAAGAAGCUGCUGAAAUGAACAAGAGGUCAUUCAAAUAUGCCUGGGUGCUUGACAAGCUUAAGGCUGAGCGUGAAAGAGGAAUUACCAUUGAUAUUGCAUUGUGGAAGUUUGAGACCACCAAAUACUACUGCACAGUCAUUGAUGCUCCUGGACAUCGUGACUUUAUCAAGAACAUGAUUACUGGAACUUCCCAGGCUGACUGUGCCGUCCUUAUCAUUGAUUCCACAACUGGUGGUUUUGAAGCUGGUAUUUCCAAAGAUGGACAGACUCGUGAGCAUGCUCUACUUGCCUUCACCCUUGGAGUCAAGCAAAUGAUCUGCUGCUGUAACAAGAUGGAUGCCACUACCCCAAAAUACUCGAAGGCUAGGUAUGAUGAAAUUGUGAAGGAAGUUUCUUCCUACCUGAAGAAGGUUGGUUACAACCCAGACAAGAUUCCAUUUGUUCCCAUCUCUGGUUUUGAGGGUGACAACAUGAUUGAGAGGUCCACCAACCUUGAUUGGUACAAGGGACCAACUCUUCUUGAGGCCCUUGACCAGAUCAAUGAGCCCAAGAGACCCUCAGACAAGCCUCUGAGGCUUCCAUUGCAGGAUGUCUACAAGAUUGGUGGUAUUGGAACUGUGCCAGUGGGACGAGUUGAAACUGGUGUCUUGAAGCCCGGUAUGGUGGUAACUUUUGGUCCCACUGGACUGACUACUGAAGUUAAGUCUGUGGAGAUGCACCAUGAAGCUCUCCAAGAGGCCCUUCCAGGUGACAAUGUGGGAUUCAAUGUGAAGAAUGUUGCAGUCAAGGAUCUCAAGCGUGGUUUUGUUGCCUCAAACUCUAAGGAUGAUCCUGCCAAGGAGGCUGCCAACUUCACUUCCCAAGUCAUUAUCAUGAACCAUCCUGGUCAGAUUGGAAAUGGUUAUGCUCCUGUGCUUGAUUGCCACACUUCUCACAUUGCUGUGAAGUUUGCUGAACUUAUUACCAAGAUUGACAGGCGAUCUGGUAAGGAGCUUGAGAAGGAACCCAAGUUCUUGAAAAAUGGAGAUGCAGGUUUGGUUAAGAUGAUUCCCACCAAGCCCAUGGUGGUUGAAACUUUUGCCGAGUAUCCUCCUCUUGGUCGUUUUGCUGUGAGGGACAUGCGUCAAACCGUGGCUGUUGGAGUCAUCAAGAAUGUGGAGAAGAAGGAUCCCACCGGAGCCAAGGUCACCAAGGCUGCACAGAAGAAGAAGUGAAUGCAUUUUUGUGUUUCUGAAAGUACAUGUGAUCAUAAUUAUAAUUAUGGUUACGCAAAACAGUGUUUCCUUAUCAGUAAUUUAUCCUUUGAGAGUCUAGGUGCUUUUACCUUUUAUAGUUUUAUGUGUCUGUCGUUUUCAUGCAGCCAUAGCUUUCAAAACUGGGUUCUUGAUCGGCGGUGGUGAGUUUUCAUUAUGUGCUGAGUCCUGUUUUAACAUUUUAUAUUUCAUAGUCUGUAUGAGAACUCUUUUUGCACAAGCAGCUAUAGGGUUUUAGUUUUGCUCCUUUGCUGCCCAGAGAUGUUUUAAGUAAUUGCCUUUACAUUUAUAAUUAUUGUCUUUAGUCUUUACA